GUUACCUUGAAUGAAGCAACAAUAGAAAAAUGGUCACAAUCAGAAAAAGAAUUGUUUAGCAACAGGCAAGUGGGGAAAAAUGCAGGUAAGCUUUGUAUCUAUAAGUUUCAUAUUAACGCAUAUAGGUAAUUUUCACAUUUUUAUCUCUCUAUUUAUUUUUGUCUGUUUACAGUAGAUGCAGCAUCUUCAACUGAUAUUGCUGAACGUUAUGUAGUAAAGGUUAAAGAGUAUUAUGAUACAUCGUAAGUGUGUGUUGUUUGUGUUCUGUUUUAAAUCAAAGGCAUCAUAAUCAGUGGAGUAACUAAGUAAAUAAAACGAAUAUGUUCACCAUGAUUGGUAGUUUAAAUUUUGUGUUUCUCCUUUUAGGAAAAAGCUCAAAGAAAUUAAUUUGGCCAACGAGGAGUAUUCAAUAUUGAGUUCAAAAUUAAAUAGGUACAGUGAUGCGUGAUUCUGUUAUUUGAUUUUUGGAAUACCGUAUUAACACAAUAUCGACAUAAUAAUUCAUGAAUUUAUCAUUACUCUGAUAUGUUUGUAAUUCUUUAUAGCAUGAACGAACAGUUAAAAAAGUUCGAAAACGGUCAGCAGUGCUGGAGUCCAGAUCACCCAACAUUCAUGUUAUACAUAAACAAAGCAGAAGCUUCACGCAGAAAUGAGUUGUUGUGUGAUAUGCGUGGGCAAUGUUUAGAACGUUGGUUUUUGCUGCAACUCAUGAGAAAAUAUGCAGGUUAAUAUUUUAAAUAAAGUUUCUGUGCAUGCAUAUAUUAAAACUCCCUAUUGUUUUACAGCAUGUUCAAAGUUAAAUAAAUCUCCCGGUUAAUUUAAGCAAACAUUGCGGUUAUUUACUUAACCAGAUGUAAGGCUCUUUUCCACUUGUCGCAAGAAUCACCUCGCAAGCUAGCUGCAAGUGUUUUCAUCCAAUCACAAUGCUCAAUAGUUUAUUUUAAUUAGAUGCAGCCACUUGCAGCAAGCUGGCAAGUUGGUUUUGCGAUGAGUGGAAAGGAGCCUUAAUUCCAAGUUAAUUACAUGCAUAUCAUCAAAAAUUCUUGGUUAAUUAACCAGGCAACAUGAUUAAGCCAUGCCAGGUUAUGUUAAUCUAAGCUAUAAGCAAAUUAUUAAAUUUGAACAACACCAUCCAGUAGGGAAAUUAAGUUUCAAGAAUUCUCAAUAUCAUAAUCAUUGGGUAUAAUUAUGUGGACUUCUAUGUUUCUAAUCUAACAAUGUUAUUAUAUUUUUUAACAGACAGACAAGCCAUUGCGAAGAUCUGUGGUCAAAUUACUAAAACAACAAACGCUAUUAAGAAACUUGUCAAGCAAUACGGUCGAAAGAUCACAGAGCACAUGCAUUCUAAAUAUCCUCCUAGUGUUACGUUUGAAGAGAUCACUGAUCUUAAUUCAACAAUUUGGAAUUGUCUGGAGGAAGAAAUUGAAUGCAAUUCACCAGUUCCUUAUUACAUCCGGCAUAAGAUAGUUGACUUUCAGCACAUCAUUCAUCGAUGUACUGAAGAAGUUAAAUUAAUUAAAGAAGAGAUGACCAGGGUAAUUCGCUUCUAUUCCUCAAAGAUAUCUGCUCUUCAGGAUUGGUCGGAUGAACUCAAAAACGAAAGUACUGAAUCGUGUGGGUUGCUCACGAUGGUGUUGACUAAGAAAGACCUUAUUAAUAUGGUGUUGCAACAUCUGAAGGCUUCGUUCUCUUUGUAUAUGGAUGAGGAUAGAACUGAGCUGGAAAAGCAUGGAGAUUUGCCAGAAGAAGAUAGAAUCUUCUCCACGUGUAGUGAUGACGAUGAAGAGGAGAUGGAGUUGGACGAUAAUGGCGAUGGUGAAGACGAGCUAGAAGAAGAUACGCUAGAUCUUUUCAUUUCUAUACUAAAUGAAGAAUAUGGUGGUGACAGUGACCAGUCAGAUGUUGAACUUUCAGAUGAUGAUUUGGAUUAACAUUUUAAAUGUCCUAUUUCGUGAAUGAAAUAUAAAUGAAUAUCAAUUCAAUACUAGAAAACGAUUGUUUUACAGCUCGAACAGGCGAACCGAGGCCGCUUUUGCAUAUUUUUAAAGUCUUCAAAUUAAUUAAGCUAAACCAAUGACCAGCAGCAGGUUAAAGACUUACGUCUUGCAGUUAUGUAUUGCAUUGAAUCAAAGGCAAAAUGAGUCAAAAUAACCUGCUGGUCAUUGGUUUAGCUUAAUUUGAAGACAUUAUGCAAAAGCGGCCUCGAUUUGACUGAUCGAGCAGUAAAGUCACAUUUUUAUUAUAAUAAAAACACAUUCAGUAAACUUUUUGUUAAACAUACAAAAAAUAUUUAGAGUAAUUGUGAUUAUUGCGAGUAAGAACAUUUUCUCUAUUAUUAAACUUAUCUUUCAGGGGCCGGUUGUUCAAAGGUGGGUUAGCGCUAACCCUGGGUUAAAAUUCAACCUGCUGUUUUAGUUUAUGUAUUUCUACACGUCUGUUUAUUUCAAAACUUCAGAGAUGAAAACUCCUAUCGAUCCAGACAAGAUCUCUGAAAAAAUAUUUCCAAAUUUAUAGACAAGCUGUCAGGAAGGUAUGCUUUGAAUUUUAGGUUAACCUAGGGUCAAUCUAAUCCAGCUUUGAACAACCACCCCUGGCCUGUUCUUUAAAGCGCAUAUGACACAAAAUGGCUUAUUGUCUUACAGGGCCACUUCAUAUGAUGAAAGAAAUCGUCCAUCUAAUUUUGAUCUCAACGAAAUAUCACUUCAAAAUAAACCAUCAUGGCGUUUUCACUUUCUCGAAUUAGUUUUUCGAGUUUCAAAGUAAUUAACUGAGGAUUUCACAUAAAAUAACCUGCAAAGGACAAAAUAUG